AUGUGCUUCGGCUUCGCAGACGACGAUAAAUACCCUCCUCCAAACCCAAUCCAAUAUGGCAACGACUACGAUCGCUACCUCCGCGACCGCGACUCGUACCAGAAAGAACACGAAAAAUAUAUGAAGCAGAAGAAAAAGCGCAGACGCAAUAAUGCUGGCUUUUUUACGAUUAUGGCUGGGGGGACCGGUGCUGCUGGUGCUGCUGGUGCUGCUAGUGCUGCUAGUGGUGGUGGGGGUGGUGGAUGUUGA